ACCACCCCCUGCAACGUUACGGUUGGCAAGAACGCCAUUGCAAUCAUGGCGGAUCUCAACAGUAGCCUGACAGCCAUGGACUGGCUACCAAAGCUUAGUGUUGGCACUGCUUUGAACACUGCCAACAAGAUGUCGAACAACAAUAACGAUCCAAAUCGGGACAAGAGUCCAUUUCGCAAACCGCCGAGCUCACCGCUCGAUCCGAACGCGACUUUAGACGACGAGGAGGCACAACAACACAAAACGCGCGAAAGCAAACCACCAUAUUCUUACGCAAACUUGAUCACUUUUGCAAUAAAUAGCUCACCGAAGAAGAAGAUGACGCUGAGUGAGAUAUAUCAAUGGAUCUGCGAUAAGUUCCCGUAUUACAAAGAAGCUGGAAACGGAUGGAAGAAUUCGAUCCGACACAAUCUGUCACUCAAUAAGUGCUUUAUGAAAGUGCCCAGAAGCAAAGACGACCCUGGCAAGGGUUCAUAUUGGGCGAUAGACCAGAAUCCACAAGAUGACAGUGCACAUUCCCGGCAAAACAGGAAAAGACGGCCAAGCGAUUCUAGGUUAUCUCCAUAUGGGCCUGAAGAUGGUCGUGUCUCACCAAUUAGCCCUCAGUCCUCGCCAUGUGGAUCACCAUCAUCUCCAACAUUAGCCUCACUGCAUGCUAGUGCAGGAUAUUAUGGUUCAUCUCCUACUAACCAGGGUUUCCUGGGAAUGUCAGCUGGGAUAUCCCCUGGGUCAUCGCCUAACACUAAUGUAGGUGGAUUUGGCGCCUCACAGAGCUAUGGAGAACCUCCAAGGAAGAUUUUCCCAGAGGUUGCCUUCGAAGAUCUCAGUGCAUCAUUUAAAAAUCUUUACAAAUCUGUUUUUGAUGCAUCACAUGGAGGGGACAGUUAUGGUGGUGGAAGCAUAGGUGCCAGUAUCUUUGCAGGCAGCCAGAACCUAGCUGCGUCUGCACAAAUGUCGCAGCAGCAACAACUUCAACAACAACAGCAGCGUCAACAACAACAACAACAACAACAGCAACAACACCACCAGCAGCAACAACAAAAUAAUCUACUUCAAAAUAUGGAACUACUCUUGGAAAGCCUUAACACUAGAAGUUUUCAAAACUUUGACCUUGGUACAUGGCAAGUCUUGAUGGAAAGUAUGAAAUCUGCUGAUCUGCAAAAUAUGGGAGUGGAUCAGAAUCAGUGGCAGGAUUUUGCCUUUUCAUUUAGUCAAUAUCUUCACCAGCAAGGCUUUAUCCCUGAUUCUAACUCCAUGAGGGGAAUAAGCCCAUCCUCGUCCAACAGUAGCAAUAUGAUGGGCAGUCCACAAGGAAUGCUUCAAGUAAGCAAUCCCCAGUUUACAUCUGGAGGCUCCCCUUUACAAGGUUCUCAGCAUAGUUACAGCAGUUCGGCAAGUUUUAGUGGCAGUUCACAGCACUCCAUCCCAGGCAUCAAAGUGACGUCAAUUAAUAAUCAACCCACAGUGGGUCAGACUGGUAAUCAGCAUACAAUGAUUGGGACAAGAGCACCAGCACUAAUGGAUGACGAUGAGGAUGAGGAAUUUGACUGGGAUUCAUUGCUAUGAGUCUGUAUACAGGUAGCAGGGUAGCAACUGUGAUAUUUGUAAUUAUUAUUGGGAGGGAAGGACAGAAGAUGAAGCAAAGUUCAGGAAUGGAAAGCAUUCAUUGACAUAACAUGUUUUUUAGAGUAUGUACACUAGUAGUUUAAAGUAAAAAUUAUUUAAAUAUGAAAGGUGAAAUGGCUUUUAAACAUACCUUAGAGAUGUAGGGGUUUCCUUUUUAUCCAGGACUCCUACAAAAUUAUUUAUUUUGACUUGGAUGAAAAGGAACAUUACCAUUCUCAUUGAGGAAGUGCUCAAAUUUAUUAUAGUGUGAGUAUUCUCUGUGAUUGUAUUGGACCAAUUAGUAAUAUGCUAGUAUUUGAAUUAUACUCAAAGUUUGUUCCUGUAAAUCCAACAAAAAAAUCCUAUUCCCUCUUAAAGUUUUGGAUGCAAGGUCCAGGGGCCUGUAGCAAACUUCUUCAAUGUCUACGAUGAUGAUAAUAACUUUAUGGACGAGCCCUCUCCCACUUACAACUUCUAGGUUUACAAUUAUGAAAAAAAUAUCGAGUAUCACCAAGAAACUGUGGUGAAUGAUAAUGAUGAAUCAUGACCAGCUAAUGUUGUGACGUUUUCUCUAAGAGAAGAAUUUACCUUCAAUUAGAAGGUAUGCUGUUUGACAUGCAUCAAACUUCUUUUGAUGACUGUGUCACAAUAGUAAGAAUGAAUGACUGGUUAUAGCAGUUUUUUUUAUUUUUAGCCGUGACAAGAAAUGGGUUUUACAUGUACCUGCUUGUAGUAUCAUCCUCAAGACACCUCAUAGAAGUAAAGGUGUUAUUCUAUUUACCGACAAUCUCUUGGCCCACUCAACUGCUUGUUGAUUUUUAUUUUGUUGCAGACUGGGUGCAUUGUUCAAUGAGGGCUCUGAAAAAAUAUUUUUAGGGGUUGCUGUCCCAAAAUUAUCCUUAAUUGAGCCAUAUACAUAUGCCAGGGACCCAUGCUGGGUAUUUUAAGGUGCAUUUUUUGAGAUUUGCUCUUGUGUUCUUACCACAUAGUUUUAGUUGCAAGUCAAUGUGAACAGUAUCCUCCAAAUAGAAUCUUUAAAUUGUGAAUAUUAAAACAGAAGAUGUCUUUUGCUAGUUUUUAAUUCAGUUUUGGUUGGACUUAACCUUUGUAACAAGACUGCCAUGCCCAGGUAACUUUGGCAGUGAAAAACCAAUCAUGUUGCACCCAAAAAACUUAGAAAGUUAGAAAGGGCAUUGACUGUUUCAAGUGUCAGAAGGUAAAAAUACUUCAUUUCAGGUCUGUAGUGUGAUUGGUUCCACAUUGUCAUUAGGUGUAUGUGGUGAUCUCAUGUACAUUUAACAAUAGUAUUGAAGAUGCAGUUGGAAUUUAGUCUCCAUGGUGACUUCAGAUCAAAAGCCAGAUUUGUAUAUGCAAUUGCAUACAGUGCGGAACACACUAGGUGACAAGUCCCUGAGAUGGGUAUCUCUGUUAAAUGGUUUUGUGCAUACUUCUUCCAAAUCAUGCAGCUAUGACUCCUAUUAUUACAAUGAUUAUCACAAGAAUUCCUGUUAGAAUUUGUGCAAUGCAUAGCAGCUACAAAGCCCCGUCACAGACCAAAAUCUCUAAGUCACUGCAAUGUCCCCGCAAUGUGUUACAGCAGCUUCCUGCUCACCUUUGGUAACUAAUUAUAGAUAGCUGACCCUCACAAUCAUACCCUUAUCACACACAAUGAAACCAAGCAUGUUUAUCAUGUGCAAUAGUUUAGAAUUUGAGAAUUAACACUGUUUGUAGAUAGAUUGCCAAAUAUUCAUAGCAAAGUCAGUAAUGGGGGUAUGCAAUUAAAAAGCUGCCCCCAAGAGUCAUGGAAACCAUUUUUAGGGUCUAGCCAUGUGUAAGAACAACUUUCCUUUGUGAUAUUGUUUCACCCAGCCAGAGGAAUGUAAAGAAUAAUGCUUAGUGUGUUCCAGCUUUGAUGUAUAAUUAAAAAAGGGGAAAAUUUCACUGGAGAGUUAGCGAUCACACAGAGCCUUCUUUCAAGCACUUUGUCAAAGGACCUGUGUCCUCAAUGGCAGUGGAAAAUUACAAUCACCAGACUUGUUAACUGCACAGGAAACUGUUAGAAACCCUGAAAUGAUCACAAUAUUUAGAUGACAAUUUCUUUUCCUACCAAUUACUUUUUUUUUAAGGUGGUUGCCAUCUAGGAUAAAGGUCCAUUUUAAAUACAGGUUAAAUUAACAGUUUCCCCCUCUCUUUCCUAUCUGAGGGGCUAUGAUGAAACAAUACAAAAGUAUUAAUAAUAUAUUACAGCAUGUGUUGUAACUAGGACUUACCUGAUAAGUUUAAUAUUGAAAAUUGAUCAACCUGUAGUCCAUAAAGAGGUAGACUAGUGUUUUGUGAUGUUUAUAUUAUUUUGUACAUACAUGCACAUUUUUUCAUAUUUUUAUCCAUAUUUCUUACCUUUGCAUAAAUAUGGCUUAGGUUUCCAUCAUAAUGUGGUGAGGUGUAAAAUUAUUAAACACACAAGGAACAAAAUUA